AUUCACUCUUGCAAAUCCGACUCUUUUGCUUGUGUAUUGAAUUUUACUCACAAGUGAAAAGAGUUUGCGACCAGUUAUGAUCGCUUCUAGUUUAUGUAAUGAAGUUUCUAGAUUAAUUAUCAAUGUCCAACUUAUUUAUGGACAGAAAUAUUAUGUAUUGAACUUGUUAAGAUUUGCUUGAGGGCUAAAUGGGCAUGAAUUUCCGGUGUAAGAUUAUGAUGAUGAUAAUGAUAAUGGAUGAGUAAUAAAGGGUGAAUAAAAGAUUCAAAUAAUCAAUUAGAUAUGAAAGGGGUUGACUUGAGUGAGAUGAUGAUGAUGAUGAGAAAGUGAGAGAAGAAGAGUAAGAAGAAGAGUGGAAAGAGAAGAAGAAAGAGAGAGAAAGUUAUGAUGGAAAUGGUGAGCGCUAUGAAUGUAAAGGUGGACAAGUAACAAGUGGUUGAAGAUGAUUUUCAGUUGAGUUAACAGUUGAUCUCCUUGAGUUUCGUUUGUUAAAUAGUAAUCAAGUGAAUUUAAAAGUAAGUUUAUCAUCAAAAUGAAAGUGAAAGUGAAUUGUGAAUGAAUUUUAUAGUUGAUUUGAUAUAGGAUGGCCUUUAAUGUUGUUGUUAUUAUCACAAGAAAGGAUUAGUUGUUUGGUUUCAGUUCAAUCAUGCAAACUGAUUAUACUUGUUGGAAUCCAGGUGAUUCAUAUCAGUUGACCAGUUUAUCUGGAUCAUCUUCAUCUUCAUCACUCAAUUAUAAUCAAACAAAUUGUGAUCAACAACCAACAAUACCAACUACAACAGCAACAACAACUGCAACAACAAUAAGCAAUAACUCGAUACCAAAUGAUUCAGUGUUCAAUAUGUUUUAUCCAACAGAUUCAGUUAACCAUUUAAAUAGUGAUUCUUAUCAUCAUUUAGAUUAUCAUCAUCAACCAAUUGAUUCUUAUAAUUAUUCUCAAUAUUACAUUAAUGAACAAUCAUCUUAUCACAUUAAUUGUGAUCAAUUGUCAAUUGAAAGUUCAAAUAAUAAAUGUUAUUCAUCUGAAUCAUCUUCACCUGAAUUGUGGGACAAUUAUGGAUUAACUGAUAGUAACAAUAAUAUCAAUCAAAGUGGACAAGUUUAUAACAAUUAUCAGUCAAAUGCAACAAGUUAUUGUGAUCAACAACAAAACUCAAAUCAAAAUGAUCUUAAUGUUGGGAAGACAUUUACCAAUGAUAAUAACAUUGGAAGUAUAAAGGCCAAUGUGAAAUUAACAAACAAAUCAACUUCGAGAUUGUCUCUUAAACAAUCAAACAAUCGAAAGGUUUUAUCUGUCAAUAAAAUAAAGAAUGAAAAUGUUUCCCAUUUCAAUUCAAAUCAGAUCCCUAAUCAUUAUCAUCACCACCAUCAAACUCAUCAUCCACACCAUCGAUCAAUUGAGUAUCGAAAUGAAAAGUAUGGGAAUCCUGAAGAUGAAGAAAGACGAAGACGAAGACGAGAACGAAAUAAAGUGGCCGCAACCAAAUGUCGAAACAAGAAGAAAGUUCAUGUUUACAAGUUGUGUCAAGAAUCUGAAACAUUGCAAUUGACCAAUUCAAGUUUAAAGGAUGAAAUGUUGAUCCUGAAAAGGGAAGAGCAAAGACUAAAUGAAUUGCUGGUUAAACAUUUACCUUAUUGCAUGAGACGAACUCUUAAACCAAUUAGUGAUUCACUUAAUCUUUAGAUUGAUUAUAAUCUCAACACCAACACAAUCCUUUACUCAAUCCUCCAUAUUGAUCAUCUAUUUAUUAUUUCAAUUGUCACACUUGUUUAACUUAAUCAACAACUUGGUUCAUUUGCGGGUCUCAAAUCUCAUCAAUUUAAAUAAAUCAUUUUCACCUUUUUAACCUUUUCCAAACAUUUCCAAACCUUCCUUCCUUCAUUCCUUCACCUUUUCAUCUUUUCAUGUAAAAUUAAAACUCAACCAUGUAAUGUCCAUAACUAAACCAUCAACCAACUUUCCAAUCAACCAAAAAAUGAUUUUCUUCUUCUUCUUGUACAGAAAACACUUUUUACUCUUGAUUUUGUUCAUCUAUUAAUCAGUUGUUAAAUUAACAAAUGUUAAAUGCAAGUGCAAAUGUAAAUUCAAAUGUAAAGUCAUCACGGAAGAGACACAAAAUUAAAUUAAGUGAAUCCAGUUUAUGGUGUUCAUUACAAUUUCAUGCUCAUUCAAAUCUAAUCAACUGGUUAAACAGCUAAUGAACAAGAAAAUUAAUCAACUAUUUAAAUUGUCAUUCAACUUGUUUGGUUGGUCAAUGGAAAAAUUGAAUACCAAUUUAACCAUCUAACCACCAAUAAUCAAUGGUUACAUGGAAAUGAAUCUCAAUAUUGAUUAAAAGGUAAGGAAAAGGGAAGCCAAUGAAAGGGAAUAAAAUAAUGUUAUUGUAAAACCUUGAUUGUUGGUCAAAUAAUUGUUGAUUAUCUUGAAUAUAAUACAAAAUUGAAGACAAUUAA